AUGGGGUUUCGAUUCAGUUUCAAUACUGGAUCACUAAUAUUGAUCUUGGUAUCAUUUGUAUUUCUAUUGUUGGCAACUAUAAGUUCACCAGUGGUUACUACAUUUAAUCUAGGUAAAACAGCUGACUAUACAUAUGGAGUAUUUGGCUACUGUACUGAUAACAAUAAAGAUUGUUCUUCAGCUACGUACCCACUAACCCUUAGCUCGGUUGAUGAUAGUUCAACAAACUGGACAAUGGGUGGAUCAACAAGAGAUACAUUGGCUAAAAUUUUCAUCCUAACUCCAAUUGCCCUUGGUUUCAAUUUUAUAUUGUUGGUUUUGGUUAUAGCUUCCCAUUUUGGAAAUAGGGCCAUUGUGUUGAUUGCACUUGGUGUUAACAUAAUUUCAGCUAUAUUGACGAUUAUCAGUUGUGUUGUGACAAUAUUGGCUUUCUAUCCAAACUUGGCUUGGACUGGAUGGAUAUUGAUUGGAUCUGCGGCUGCUAAUCUCAUUUCAAUCAUAUUACUCAUUCUUACAUUGACAACGUUGAGAAAUGAUGAAGAUGAUGAUGAAGAUGAUGCUGAAGGCAAUGACAAACAUGGAUUUGGAACUUUUAACAAUUACAACAAAAUUGAUGACAAGUUUAACCAUAUUCAAACAUCAACUUUCAAGAGUCCCAAUAGUACCAGCUCCAUUGAUAACGAUUACGACUACAAGCCAUCUUAUAAUGGCACCAACACAUCAUUUGGAACUCCUGCAAAUCAUGGUGCGUCCGACACUCGUUAUAAUGGCCACGCUGCCAUUGCUGCAGCUUCUGCUGCCUCAUUGGCAAACUCGAACGGUGGUGGAGUGCCAGCACAUAGAACUGCCACUGGAACAGGCUCAUUUACUAGUAACUCAUCUUCGGCUUAUCAAAUGAAGCCCCAAACUGCAAAUGACUUUACUCAUAUGGGUAAUCGUAACAACACUAGUGGUUCAUUAGCCGGUGGUAAUGCUGCUGGAUAUAAGCCUAUUAACGCGUCGGGUGUGCCAUAUCCAACUACUCCAGGAGCCGCCAACAAUAAUGCCAUUACCAAUAAUAAUGGGAAUGCUGCUUUUUCAAGAAGUGUAUUUGAACAUCAUCCUCAAGUCGAUGGUCAUAGACCAUUUACUGAAAUGGAUGACGAUUUCGACGAUGAAGAAGAUUUGAAUGCCGGUAGAACCAAUGUAAUUGUGACCACCAAUGACUCUGAUGAGGAUUCUGAUUUUACCAGUGUUUCUCAAAGACCACCAAACCCACAAUACAACAACCAAUAUGGCCCUAUUCCACAACAACAUUAUCAGAACACUCCAUAUGCAAACCUGCAGCAGUAUCAACCACUAAGUCAACAAAUGAAUUCUCAAUCUGUAUCUACUCAGGGUCACUUGCAUCCACUGUACCAACCCAUCCCGAACCAAUAUGGUCCACCGGCACCUCAACCACCACCACCACAACAACAGCAAACAUACAGACCGAUGAAUUACCCCCAACCACAACCGCAGCAACCAGGUUAUUCCAGACCAACCAUCUCCGAUAAUGUCUUGAGCAACAAUCCUGAUUUCAAUUUCGCUCGAGGCAUGGCACAACAAAAGAAGAAAGUGGCACCCGGAUUUGUACCUGUUGCUGCCAGAUAUGGAAACAAUAAUAGGGGAGCACCAAAUAAUGCUAGUGCACUAAUGGGGAGGAAUGGUGCCGGUUCUACAGGUACACAAGCAAGAAGUGGGCCAUAUGGCUUGACUAGGUAG